AUGAGAUUGUACUUGGUGGCUUUCUUUGUGCUGGGGGCGUGCGCAGUUUCCCUAGCUGUUGAAAAUGGACCCUUGAUGACUGCUCUACGGCCUGUCCAAAGGCCGAAAAGACAUGUCGCCUUAUUGGGAGCCGGGGCUGGUCUUCUUGGAGCAGGUUUGGCAGCCGGUGCUGUAGGUCUGGGAGCUGGUGUGAUUGGAGCUAAGGCUGGUUUGGUGGGAGGAGCCAUCGCUGCAUCCGCUCUCCGUGGCAGGAGUUACGGAGGCUACGGAGGAUAUGGAGGCUACAGUGGUUACGGGGGCCAUGGAGGGUACAGUGGUUAUGGGGGACAUGGAGGGUACAGUGGUUACGGAGGCUACAGUGGUUAUGGAGGGUAUGGUCAUGGAUACGGAGGCGGAUAUGGAUACGGAGGAUAUGCUCCAAGCUACGGACACGUUUAUGACGGAGGUUACAGAUCAUACUAUCCAACAACCUCCUACAUAGUGUCAGACCCGUGGUGUUAA